CAGCUGGUCUCAAGUUCUUGAUAAUGGCUUCUCUCCGUGCAGUUUUCUUGUCGCUUUUGGUCAUUGUUGCUUCAGCUGGUGGCGAUGACAAUAAUGGUGGUGGGUAUUAUGAUCUUAUGACACCCAAAUUGGCUAAGGAACAAAGGCUUCUCUCUACCAUGAUUGGUAUCCAAGGAAUUAUCCUUUACAAAUCUGGCUCGACAAUUUUCCCUCUUGAAGGAGGUUUGGCAAGAAUCACAUGUAAAGCCGUGGAUGAGUAUGGCUAUGAGGCAGCUUCUUACACAUUUUUAAGCGAUUCAAGUGAUGCAAAUGGCUACUUUUUGGCAACACUAUCUCAUUCAGAGGUAGAAGACAAGAGGGAGUUAAAGGAAUGCAAGGCUUUUCUUGAGCUCUCACCAUUAGAGAACUGUCAAGCUCCUUCUGACCUCAACAAUGGAGUCUCUGGUGCUCUUCUCCAUUCUUAUAAACUUUUGGUCCAUAACAAGAUGAAACUCUUCUCUGUUGGGCCUUUCCUUUUCACUUGCCAAAGUUAAAGAGGAGAUGGAAGGCAUGAUAGUUAAUGAUCCCAUGUGUUUAAAUACCUAGUGUUGAAACUUUACUCAUUUCAUGAAGGAAUGGUCUCAGUUUCUUAAAGCAGAAGUGGCUAAGUUUGUAAUAUGAAUUGGGUUUGGAGAGAUUUUGUAACGGCCCAAGCCCACCGCUAGCAAAUAUUGUCCUUUUUGGAUUUUUCCUUUUAGGCUUCCCUUCAAA